GGGGUUAUUCCGGGUGACGGAGGAAGCCGCAGCCGCGGGGGCCGCCCCGGCUCGAGGAGGAGCCGCCGCUGCCGCCGCGCACCUGCCCGCCCCCGGCCCGCCCCGUCUCUCCCCGCCGCGGGGCCGGCGGUAGCGGUGCGGGUGUAGCGGCGCCCCGCAGCAUCCCCCGGGCUGGGCCGUGGCUGCAGCGGAGCCGUUUGGAACAGUCGAUACCGUCUCCAGCCUCUGCACCGCGGCAUCCCCGUGGCCGAGGCCGGCAGCAUCCCUGUGCUGAGCGUGCCCUCCUUUCCCUGUCCUCUGCCAAGUCCUGGAGAGAUCCCGUUGGUAAAGGGAAAAGCCGCAGCUCUGGAGCCCGGGGAGCAGCCGCAGAGAGGGGUCUGGCCUGGCCGUGGUGUUCCUUGCCCUCGGUGGAAGCACACGGGUAUCAGUGUUUUGUUGGUGAUGGGGGAGCUGAAGGACACGGGGAGAAAUGUUGCCUCGGGUUUUCUGGAAACUUGGGAGUGGGGAAGGGGGGGAAGGAAGUAGGACACAGCUUUUUUGUGGCCUCUGCAGUGACUGUCAGGGCAGAGGGCUCUCCUUGAGCUACAACAUCGCUGCUGCUGCUGGAGCUGAUCCUGGGAGCAGCAGGCCAGGCAGGCAGCUGGUUUGGUACUGCUGGCUGAGCAAAUGCCUCCCUCUUCAGGGAGUGACAGCCCUGUGACCUCGGCUUCCCCACGGCAAGGAAGGGUGUCAGUCCCUGCUCUGUGUGUCAGUCCCUGCUCUGUGUGUCAGUCCCUGCUCUGUGUGUCAGUCCCUGCUCUGUGUGUCAGUCCCUGCUCUGUGUGUCUCUACUCUGGCCACCGACCAGGCUUUGUGCCAGGCUCAGACUGCAGAAGCAGUGGCCUUGCUUUGGUGGGGUCUCUGCACAGGGAGACAGCUAUCCUGUGGCUUCAAUGCUUGCUAUGCCAUAGCACUGUUUUGGGGGUCUCUCUGUUGCUGGAGACCACCAGGAGGGAGGUUAGUUCUGGAGUGAUUCAGCAACAUGUGGAUAUUUGGGUGCUUUUGAUCCCAGCAGUCUGGCCUUUUGCACCAGGAGAUGCUGCUCUGUUACAGGUUUGCUGUUUUGAGGCUCACUAACACUUCAGAGUCUAAUGGCCUUUUGGUUAUGGUCCCUACAGCUAAACAAACAUCUCUGUGGAAUCUCCUCCCUCUGCACCCCAAGUUUCUCUCCCAAGCCAUGAACAUCUGCUGGAAAUCCUUUAUUCAGCAUAGCAGUGAGUAAGACUCAGAGAUGUUGGAUGUAGAGAUCUGAGUUUCCUUCCUGAGCACUGACUGAUUAAUGAAUCACAGCAAAUAGCAUCUAAUUCAGAGCACACCAGGAGCUGGCAGGCAUAACAGGCACCUGCUCUCUUGGCUUGAUAGCCCAGGAUCCAAAUGGAGCUGCUCCAUAGCAUCUUGGGUAGCAGGGAUGGUCCCUGAUGCUUCCUGUCAGCUGAGGUCAGCUUGGUGGGGGUGGCAGUGGAGCGUCUUUGUUCUGCCAGAAAAGACAGUGGCCAUCUGCCCUUGCUCCCUCAGCAUCAGUCCGGGUCUCUGUAGAUGGAGUGGCGCAUGGAAAUCAAGGCAGGAGUGCUCUGAAGGCUGGAGAACUGCUGGGGAGAUGGUUCUGGGCUUGUUUUGCUGCAUUUCAGGCUCAGCAGCUUAAAAAAAUACUGAAGUCCCAGUGCUUCUGGAUUUCCUCAGGUGCUGGAGCCCUGCCUCCAAACCCUUAGGCAAGCUGGGCUUGGGAGGCUUGAGAGGCUUCAUCCUUUCUGUCUGGCCUGCUGGAACUGGCUGCAAACCUUCUCUAAAGGAUGUGACUCCUCAGGGGCAGGAAUUCGAGCUCCUUCAGCUGAAAUUCCCAGGGCCUUGGCAGGCCCCCAGUUGUACCAGCGAGCUCAAGGCCAUUAUGUCACAUGCUCCUCAUAGCUCAGUUUUCGUGUAUGUGGCCCGUGCUGUUGCCUGCCAGAAGAUGUGAGGGAAUUCUCUUGUUUUCUGGCUUGAAAACAGGCUCCCACUGCUCCACAGUGUGAAGCUGAGAGCUGGUUCAGAGGAGGAGAGGUGGAUCUGGUCUGGUACGUCCAUGCUGCCAGCCCACACUACAACAGAGGCUGGCAGGAGGCUUUGUAAACCCUCCAGGAACGUGGUGUGGGUCCUGUGGAAGGGGUGAGCUGGGGUGCAGGUGGUGACCUCCUCUGGUGACCUCCUGGUCUGGAGAGUCACUCCUGGGCAGCACUUGCCAGCGGAAUUAUUCCGUGUCUUGUCCAUCUGUAAAAGAUCUGCCUGCUUGUUUGCAGCCAGCAGAUCCAGGUGCUUUUUCCUCCUUUCCCUGCUUCUGGAGCCACGAGGCCACGCUGCCCCGUGUCAUGGAGUCAACCUUCCCUUUAGGAGCCAGGUGGUGUCUCCUGCUGGGUCUCCCCAAAUCCAUCACUGUUUUCUGACACCAGGGCACUGCUGAGCAUGAGUGACCUGCUCUGAACUACCCCACCUUCUCAAGCCACCAUCACCUCGCACAGCAGACAGGUAAAGGGCACAAUCCCUCUUUAAACAGCUGCUGGCCAAGGAUGUUGCAGAUAGAGAGGGAGCUCCUGGGCAAGUCUAGGAGCCAGGAAUAUGGAGGUGCUCGGAUACAGGCUGCCUCCAGUGACCUGAGUGCUCUCAUCUUGUGUUUACCUGUCUGAAAAACGAUCUGGGGACAGAGAUGUCCGUCACAGGGAAGGGCAGAGGGACGGCAGGAAUACCACAGUGUUGGGCAGUGCAGCUGAAGCUGGUGAUUAUCACUGCUGCCUGGAGAGGGGACUUGCUUUAUGCCUGUGUGUGGAGGUUUGGCACUGCUGGUGCCGAAAAAUAGCUCUGGAUGCGACAGUAGCUCCUCUCCCGUGCCUGCUGGGGGACACUGGGAAGGGGGAAUUAGGACACGACCCACAUUUCCAGUCCUUGAGAGAGUCAAAGGGCUCAUUUCACUUAGGCCUUGGUGUACUUUGGGCUGGACUGUAGGAGCUCCUGUGUAACCCCAGUGCAGCUGCAGAACUGCACAUUUUGCUGAGCAUCUCAAGGCAUGAAUCCGUUUCCAUUUCUUGUUCCUCCCUAACCUGGGAGUUCAGCAGUCCCAAACCUAUUCGAGUCCUGACCCUCACAGCCAAUUACUUGAAAAUGACCCAAGCCUUAGCUCAGAUGCCUCUAAAUCCCUCAACCGUGGAGUCCUGCUUGGAGCAGCAAAAUAAGGAAGGAGAAAGCUGAAUUUGAAGAUGUCUGCAGGAAGAGCUGCUGCCUGUGGGAAGUGAGGGAGAAGGCUGUGUACUCAGGUGGGCACCAAGCAGGCUGGAUGCCCUUCAUCUCUCUCAGGUAUGAGAAUGUCCCAGUGCAUUGAGGCUCCCUCCUCUCACAGCUGAAGCACUUCUGAGCGUGAGCUGGGGUGACUUGAGAGCAACUUCGAGCUGAGCUUCCAAACAAAGCUCCCCAGGAGUAUUGGGGAGCGAGGCUUUAAUUAGAAAAGACCUCCAGCCUUCUGUGUGCACCAGGGGCCGAUUGAUUACAACCCAGUGAGUUGCUGAAAGACACUGCCGAGGUCAAUGUGCUGAAUGCCCUUCUUGCCUGGAGCCAGCACUGUCUCUGUGCUGUAGAGCUGGCAACUGUGUGCAGCUUUUCCCCGUCCUCCCCACCCCCUUUGCCGAGGCUCCACAUCCUCUCUGGCAGCUUGUCACUUCUCUGCAGAUGUCUAGACAGGAGGAUUCAGUGCGUGUCAGUUAUGCCUAAUUCAUUAAAAAAAAAAAAAAAAAAACCCACACCACCAAACCCUACUGAGAGCUGGGGAUUCUCAGUCCUGCAGACUCAGCGCUGUCUGCGGUGCCCCGGUGCUGCCUUCAGGCUGGCUCAGAGCAGAUUAAUUCCAUGGAUCCGCAGGAGCAGCGAGUGCCUCGGCUCCCACCCGCAGCGGGGGGGGCUUGGGGAAGGGCUGGCAGGGCUGGCAGAGGGAACAGCAGAGAGGAGAGGAGGUGGGGAGAGGUGUUUGGGGCUGGGUGUGUGCUCCUCCUUGCUCCUCACCCCACUUGUGUGUUCUCGGCUCCGUCAGGAGCUGCCAGAGGGCUCCAAGGUGUCCAAGUCCUCAGUCUGGGCUGAAACCACCAGCUUCCCAGUUCUGGUGUCCCUCCUGAAGGCAGAGCUGGUGCCAGGAAUGACAACUCCCUUUGCCACGUUAUGUCACACUUCCCAUCGGCGUUUUCAGCCCUCACCCCUGUCCAAGGUGCAGCUGUAAAUCAGCCCUUGCAGGACCUGCAGUUCAGAGCAUCUCACUCCCUUGUCCUGAACCGGCUUCCUCUCUCUGCUUCCUUCCAGUUGCUGACUCUUCUAGACUGAACAGGCAAUGAACCUUGUAUUAAAAAGGCUGAAUGUGAGCUGCUGCACACUGUCAGUGUCUGCCUGAAUUCCCUGGAUCCAGGCAAAGCCUUACAGGGGCUGAGGAGGGACUGAACCCCAAAGCAUUGUUUCUUUUUAUCUGUGUCAGUGACACUAAUGUGACAUGUCCUGAUGGGGACAACUGCCUGGAUUUAGUGCCUGCUUUGCAUCUGAGUCCUGGGCAUAUACAACUGGAUGAUUCCCAAUCCUCUUUGCUUGUGUUUAUCAUAGGGAAGGGAGCAGGAAAGGUAGGAACACAAUAUAUUUUGUAGUAGGCAGUUCCAGGCCCUCUGAAAGAAGGAAGAAUUUGGGAUAUCCAGGCUUGGGCUGUAAGUGCACUGUAUAUCUGCUGUAGUCUGUGAAAACAGCCCUGGCAUCUGAUUAUUGAUGCAAAAAUGCUGCUAAUUGUCUGGUAGGUUAAAGCUUCUGCUUAGUGGGCUUCAGAGCCAUGGAAGGGUUCCACAAAAGGGUCAGCUCAGCCAAAUUUGGGGUCUCCACAAAGCCAUAAGGAAGGUGAAAUGUGCAGUGAGCUCAGCUGCAUCUCUGGAUGCUGGCACGAGCUCUGUUAAUGGUCUUACAGCACAACAGCCUCUGUUGUUACUGCCAGCUCAGCUGUUUGUGUCCCUUGGCUGUGGAAGGGAAGGAAGAGUCUGCAGGAACACAGGAGCACAUCGUGUCUUCCCAGCCCUGCUCCCAGGAGGGAAGUUGUGCCCACCCCCACAGCUGGGCAGGGCUUUGCCUGUGCCCCCUUGGGCUGCCCCAGUCUGCUCCUGCCUUGAGUGGUGUUGCACGUUUCAGUUCUUUGGGGAAUGCUGGACUGGAAAAUGGGCUGUGAAUCCUCUCAGAGGAGGUUAAAAAGGAGAAUUCUGAUUUCUGGUGCAGGGGAGAUGGAGAUGCACUUGGAAGGAGUGAUUCCCGCUUGUGACUCCACUGUGGUCCCCUCCUUCCCCAGGGAUCCGUGCUGUUGCUCCACCCCUGGAGCCGGUGAGAAGGGGAAAACCCCCCAGCUCCGUCCUGCAGCCAUGGAAGGGGGUGUGCAGCUCCUCAACCGCGACGGGCACAGCAUCUCCCACAACUCCAAGCGCCACUAUCACGAUGCCUUCGUGUGCAUGAACCGCAUGAGGCAGCGGGGGCUGCUCUGCGACAUCGUGCUCCAUGUGGGCACCAAGGAGAUCAAGGCCCACAAGGUGGUGCUGGCGUCGUGCAGCCCGUACUUCCACGCCAUGUUCACAAAUGAGAUGAGUGAGAGCCGCCAGACCCACGUGACGCUGCAUGACAUCGACCCCCAGGCCCUGGAGCAGCUGGUGCAAUACGCCUACACCGCCGAGAUCGUGGUGGGAGAGGGGAACGUGCAGACACUUCUUCCUGCUGCCAGCCUGCUUCAGCUCAAUGGUGUGCGGGAUGCUUGCUGCAAGUUCCUGCUCAGCCAGCUCGACCCAUCCAACUGCCUGGGGAUCCGGGGCUUUGCUGACACCCACUCCUGCAGUGACCUCCUCAAGUCUGCUCACAAGUACGUCCUCCAACACUUCGUGGAGGUGUCCAAGACAGAGGAGUUCAUGCUGCUGCCUCUUAAACAGGUGCUGGACCUCAUUUCUAGUGACAGCCUCAAUGUGCCAUCGGAGGAGGAGGUGUACCGGGCUGUGCUCAGCUGGGUCAAACAUGAUGUGGACAGCAGGAGACAGCACGUCCCCAGGCUCAUGAAGUGCGUCCGACUGCCCCUGCUGAGCCGGGACUUCCUCAUGAGCAACGUGGACACGGAGCUGCUGGUGCGGCACCACUCGGAGUGCAAGGACCUGCUGAUCGAAGCCCUCAAGUACCACCUCAUGCCGGAGCAGAGGGGGGUCCUGAGCAACAGCCGGACGAGGCCGCGGCGCUGCGAGGGGGCCAGCACGGUGCUCUUCUCCGUGGGUGGAGGGAGCCUGUUUGCCAUCCACGGGGACUGUGAGGCCUACGACACGCGGACAGACCGGUGGCACAUGGUGGCCUCCAUGUCGACGCGCAGGGCCAGGGUGGGCGUCGCGGCCAUUGGGAACAAGCUCUACGCUGUGGGCGGCUACGAUGGGACCUCUGACUUGGCUACAGUGGAGUCCUAUGAUCCUGUCACCAAUUCCUGGCAACCUGAGGUGUCCAUGGGCACCAGGAGGAGCUGUCUGGGUGUAGCAGCACUUCAUGGGCUUCUCUAUGCUGCUGGGGGGUACGAUGGGGCCUCGUGCCUGAACAGCGCAGAGAGGUACGACCCUCUGACAGGCACCUGGACAUCCAUCGCUGCCAUGAGCACCAGGAGACGCUACGUCCGGGUGGCAACUCUAGAAGGCAACCUCUAUGCUGUUGGGGGAUACGACAGCUCAUCCCACUUAGCCACGGUAGAGAAAUAUGAGCCCCAGAUCAACACCUGGACACCCAUCGCCAACAUGCUGAGCCGCCGGAGCAGCGCGGGGGUGGCCGUGCUGGAGGGGAUGCUCUACGUGGCUGGGGGCAACGAUGGCACCAGCUGCCUUAACUCUGUGGAGCGCUACAACCCCAAAACCAACACGUGGGAGAGCGUGGCACCCAUGAACAUCCGCAGGAGCACCCACGACCUGGUGGCCAUGGAUGGGUGGCUGUACGCCGUGGGUGGCAACGACGGGAGCUCCAGCCUCAACUCCAUCGAGAAGUACAACCCCCGCACCAACAAGUGGGUGGCAGCGUCCUGCAUGUUCACCCGCCGGAGCAGCGUGGGGGUGGCCGUGCUGGAACUCCUCAACUUCCCUCCCCCCUCCUCACCCACCCUGUCGGUGUCUUCGACGAGCCUUUGA